GUGUGGGCAGGAAGCGCAGAGAGCUCACGUCGUCAAGUUAGUUUGAGUGAGAAAGGACUAUACCGGAAAGUGAAUGUCCCGUGUUGAAGAGGGAAGGCUAUAGUUAUUACAUAAAGUGAUAAUUAGCGAGAAGAAGGCGCAAGAAAACAACAAUCAUCGCGAGAUAGUUUGCGAAUGGUUGUUUUCAACACGUCGCGCGACCUUAACUGGGUUGAUUUCGCAGGACGCGUUUGGCCAUUGCACGUUUAUUUUGAAAGCUCCCGCAGGAAGUAGACGGUUUUAGUUACGUUGGACUUGACUCUCACAGACAGAAACGGGCGCCCGGUGGCUACUUGAACGAAAACAGGGGAAGCUCGCUCAAGAACCGGCUUGGCUUCAACAUGCCUCAUUACAAAUGCUGAGUGUGGGUCCGAAACACGCGUAUUCACCCCCCGAGCGGCGAUAGUUGACGGCCACGCCUCGUGCCCACCGACCGGAGCCCGGACAAAACUGCUGGCGGAGACGCGACGGUGCGCGGUUUGAAACCCAGCAGGGCGGCUAGCGGGCUCGCGGCGGAGCGUCGGCUGGUUUUGGGAACCAUGAGAGAGUACAAAGUAGUGGUUCUCGGGUCCGGAGGGGUUGGUAAAUCCGCGUUAACCGUCCAGUUCGUGACGGGCUCCUUCAUAGAGAAAUACGACCCCACGAUAGAGGAUUUCUACAGGAAGGAGAUCGAGGUGGACUCCUCUCCGUCCGUCCUGGAGAUCCUGGACACGGCGGGGACCGAGCAGUUCGCCUCCAUGCGAGACCUGUACAUCAAGAACGGGCAGGGCUUCAUCUUGGUCUACAGCCUGGUGAACCAGCAGAGCUUCCAGGACAUCAAACCGAUGAGGGACCAGAUCAUCCGGGUGAAGCGGUACGAGAGGGUGCCGAUGAUCCUGGUCGGAAACAAAGUGGACCUGGAGGGGGAGCGCGAGGUGUCGUCCGCCGAAGGGAAGGCGCUGGCGGACGAGUGGAACUGCCCGUUCAUUGAAACGUCCGCCAAAAACAAAACGUCGGUGGACGAACUGUUCGCGGAGAUCGUCCGACAGAUGAACUAUGCCUCGACACCAAAUGGCGACGACCAGUGCUGCUCGUCAUGUGUCAUCCUUUAACAACGAGGACAACCAUACAAGUGUUAUUCUUUGCUCGGUUUUAAGUUUGCAAUGUGUGUUGCAGCAACUGUGUACUGUUGAGAUCUUCUUCGUGUCUCACCCUGGCCUUGGAGGAAAAUACAGGGAAGAAUGCUGCAGGGGGACGAGAGGAGGAGGAGGAGGAGGAGGAGGAACUGAGACUCAGAGGGAGGGGUCCACUCUUCAGGAAUUCUGAUGGGUUGGAGUAUCUUUGCUGUACGAUCAGUGUCCACCAUUGAUGUCAACACCGUGUCAGAUCCAGAGUUUCAGCAACACCCCCCUCCACCAGUUCCAACUGUACUCAAAACUGGGACUAAACCCCAAUGGAAAACAUAUGGAGGGCAACACUUAGAGACACUCAUGAAUGGAUAUUUCUGUAUAAGGAGACAGAGAGAGAGAGAGUAUAUUUUGUUAAAGAAACUGCACAGUCUGUGGCUGGUAAAGAUUUGAGUGAUGUCUCUGCCUAAUCCGUGUUGGUGCAAUGCUCCACAACACUCCAAACCCUUUUUUAUUUUUUUCUUCUCCAAAAAACUAAGAUGACACCACUUGUCUGCUGGUGGAGUAAACGUGAUGAGUGCCACUUUUUUUCGUCUAUCUUCUCUUCAGUGCCAGAGAGGACCUUAACUUUAAGAGACAUGGGGACCCGAUCGCCCUUGUGUCGAGUGCCUUUCCAAAACAUGUCAGCCGUUCAGAUUUAGUGCCAAUCUACAUCUAUCACCAAAAGAAUCCUUCUAUAUGGCAAUCCACAAUUUAGUGAAAUGUUCUUCUAGAUAAUUUUGUAGGGGUGGAGGCUGAAAUUAAACUACAAUAGGCUUUUUGCUAAUGGAAUGGCGAUUUUCUGUAUGUUUUACAUUGGCCUUUUUUGAAGUCUACGGUGUUCAUUUUGAAAUGUCUACUUAGUCUGGCCAAACCGAUCUCUUGAAAUGCACAGGUACUGGAAUCUCCCUCGACGUGAAAACAACAACGCUUACCUUCCAGACCACUUAAAUCCAAUUCUGUUUAUGUUUACUUUGUUGUUUUAACAGGAAAUGUGAUGAUGUAUCUUUGACGAAUCUAACCUGAUUGUAAGUUUUAAGUUCAGACAAGCCCUUUAACAAUGGUCCGUCUGUUUUAAAAAAAAAAGACUUUUAAUACAAAUUGCAUUUUUUUUUUUAAAGAAA